AUGCCAAACGCAAGCGCCAUAACCACCACCAAUUCUGGGAGCGGAAGUCCCAUACCCACCCAUCGCCGGCGCGUUCCGGACUCGAUGAUGAGCGAUUCCGACAGAUUAUUGGUCCAUACACAGACUUCUUUCGACCGUCUUCAGGUUGGUUGUGCAGGCGACGAGGAAUAUUGUAAUUAUAACAAUGGUUCUCCUGCCCACAACCUUCAUCAACAUCUACACUACCACCAUUUGUUACGUAAAAGGGUCGCGAAUUUUUUCGUGAUUUUCCAUAACUUGUCGCAUUCUCUGGGAUCCAAAAAGAAUUUUGCGCGUACGCUUAUCAGUUUGCUUAUGGUUUUGGUGGUGGCAUCUAUAUUUUUGAAGUAUUCUGUAUUGGAUGCUAGUCUACAUGACCAAUCCAAGAAGAGAAAGGAUGAUUUUCCGAUUAUUCAGAAUAUGAAGACCAGCUUAGCUCGUGAUCAGCAUGUUAUAACAGAAUCGGCGGUGGCCUUAUCUGCCGGACUUCUCCAUAAAAGGCAAAUGGUUGAAUACCCUGUUCCGGAAAUAUGGAUGAAGCCAAACAGUGAUAACUACUAUCAAUGCAUUGGUCGGCCGAGGAAUCGAAUAAGGACGGGAUCGGAAACAAAUGGCUAUAUUCUAGCUCAUGCUAAUGGAGGGCUAAAUCAAAUGCGAACAGGAAUAUGUGACAUGGUUGCAAUAGCAAAAAUUAUGAAUGCUACUUUGGUUCUUCCUUCUCUUGAUCACAAGUCAUUCUGGACAGAUCCCAGUGAUUUUAAAGAUAUUUUUGAUUGGAAGCAUUUCAUUGGCACAUUAAGAGACGAUAUUGAGAUAGUAGAUUCUUUGCCACCUCAUUUGGCAUCAUCAGUUAAGCCCCUUCCUAAGGCACCUGUUUCUUGGUCCAAGCCUAGUUACUACAGAGGAGACAUUCUUUCCUUGCUAAAGAAACACAAGGUAAUCAAAUUCACCCACACGGAUUCACGUCUUGCCAACAACGGCCUUGCGCCUUCCAUUCAGAGGCUUCGGUGUCGGGCAAAUUACGUGGCUCUCAGAUACACAAAAGAGAUUGAGGAGCUUGGGAGAAAAUUGGUUGAUAGAAUUAGAAGUGAUGGCGAACCAUUUAUUGCGCUUCAUCUGAGGUACGAGAAAGACAUGCUUGCAUUCACCGGUUGCAGCCACAAUUUGAGUAGAGAGGAGGUUGAGGAGCUUCGGCGCAUGAGGUACAAUGUGAAGCACUGGAAAGAGAAAGAGAUAGACGGCGAAGAAAAGCGACUCCAAGGAGGCUGCCCAAUGUCUCCGAGGGAGGCGGGUCUCUUUCUCAAGGCCAUGGGUUAUCCAUCAACCACAAGAAUAUACAUAGUUGCAGGAGAAAUCUAUGGGAAUAAUAGUAUGGAUGCAUUCCGGGCAGAGUACACAAACGUUUUCUCGCACUCCACUCUUGCAACAGAGGAAGAGUUGGAGGAACUAAAACACUAUCAGAAUCGUCUUGCUGCUCUGGAUUACGUUAUAGCUCUUCAAAGUGACGUCUUUGUUUACACAUACGAUGGGAACAUGGCAAAGGCUGUACAGGGCCAUAGAAGGUUUGAUGGGUUUCGAAAGACGAUAAAUCCUGACAGAUUCAAUUUAGUUAGGCUAAUGGAUAUGUUGGAUGUGGGCACGUUAUCAUGGGAACAGUUUGCCUCGGAAGUCAAGAGUUUACAUGAGAACAGGCUUGGAGCACCAUAUAUUAGACAGGCGGGAGAAUCACCAAGAUUAGAGGAGAACUUUUAUGCUAAUCCGUUUCCUGGAUGUAUUUGUAAUGUAUCUCGAGAACAAGAAAGAAGCCAACAUCAUCACCGAAAAUUUAUUACUAGUUCAAGAAUAGCAUCACAGAGAUAGGGCUCAUAGUUGUUUUUGAGUGUAAAUAAUAAUUUCAAUCGUAGAGCAUAAGAUAUAAAACAGAGAGUGGUGGGCUGUGCAAGAAGUAGCAGCAAUGCGAUUCGGGCCCUUCAUGAUUCAAUUUUGGAGGAUACGGUAGAGGGAGAAA